AUGCCAAUUAGUUCAUCUGAUUCAAUGGAAUUAGUUCGUUUAUUUUUCACAUGUAUAUCAGCUUUAAUGUCUCGACAAUUACGUGAUAUUGUAAAUAUAUCUUUACAAGAUUUACUAAAAGUGUUACAAAUUCAUAAAAAUGGAAAUAAAUUUGAUGAACAAUAUGAUGAAUUGAAAUAUUUGCAUAGAUCACCAAUUUUAUUAAAAUUACAUAUAUCUGAUCCAAAAAUUAUAUUUAUACCAAGUUUUCGUGAAAUACGAGAUUGUCUAUUACAUUGUUUUCAAGCAAUAACAAAUGCUGCAGAAAAUUUGCCUAGAGUCGAAGUGGAUAUUUUCCCGGAACUAAGCUCACAUUCAUUAUACUUACGUUCAGUAACAUUUAGUGAUCAAUCAAUAAUUGAAUAUACAGAUCAAGCAAUGAUUAUUUUUCGUGCUAAUUCUAUAGGACCAAAAGAUUAUUUAGAACUAUAUCGUCCAUAUAGUAAUUUAUUUAAUAAUAAAGCAGAAUUAGAAUUGAAAAAUUUUCUAAAAGAACAUUCAGAAACACCGGAAAUUGGUUCACCACAAGUGAAUAUGUCUGUUCAAACUGUUUAUUUACAAAUUCAAGCAUUAUUUCUUUUCUCAAUUGUAUGGAGUUUAGGAUCAUGUUUACCAACUGAAUCAAGAGGAAAAUUUGAUUUGUUUUUUCGUGAUCUAAUUUCUGGUACAAAUCAACAACAUCCUAAACCAAAAACAAUUAAAUUAACUAAAGCAAAUUCAUUUCCAGAACGUCAAACUGUUUAUGAUUUUUGGUUUGAUAAAAAAUCUCAAGGAUCAUGGAAUGAUUGGAUUAAUUUGAAUUGGAAUCCAAUGAAAGCUGGACAAUGUUAUAAUCCUAAUGAAUCAUUAUCUAUAACAAAUUCUGAAAGUGGUAUAUUGAAUUCAUCAAGUUCAAUUGGAAUUGAUAAUGAUUCACAAAGUGAUAUGAUUGUUAGUACAAUUGAAACUGAACGAAUGUAUUACUUUCUUAAUCUGUAUAUAACACAUCGUAUUCCAUUACUUCUAGUUGGACCAACAGGAACCGGUAAAUCUGUUAUUGCUAAUAAUUAUCUUAUUCAAUUACCUAAAGAAAAUUAUUUACCAAAUAUUUUAAAUUUUUCUGCACGUACAACUGCUAAUCAAACACAAGAUAUUAUUAUGUCACGUUUAGAUAGACGACGUAAAUGUGUAUAUGGUCCACCUAUAGGUAAACAAUGUAUUGUAUUUAUUGAUGAUUUAAAUAUGCCAAUGAAAGAGAAAUAUGGCGCUCAACCACCUAUUGAAUUAUUACGUAUGUGGAUUGAUCAUAAUCAUUGGUAUGAUAGAAAAGAUAAUACAAAACAAUAUUUAGUUGAUGUACAAUUUAUGGCUGCUAUGGGACCACCUGGAGGUGGACGAAACAAUAUUACAUCACGUUUAACUAGACAUACAAAUGUAUUAGGUAUCAAUGAAUUUGAUGAUCAAACAAUGUUGAAAAUAUUUACUACUAUUACUGAUGCACACUUUUCAAAUGGUUUUGAACCACAAUUUAUGCGAUUAAGUAAAAUAUUAGUUCAAGCAACUUUACAUGUUUACAAAUUGUCUAUAUCAACAUUUUUACCAACACCAGCUAAAUCCCAUUAUGUAUUUAAUUUACGUGACUUUGCUAGAGUUAUUAAAGGUAUACGUUUAAUACCAUCAAGUAAUAUGAAAGAAGAAGAUAAAUUAAUGCGUUUAUGGAUACAUGAGGUAUAUCGUGUAUUCUAUGAUCGAUUAACAAUGACAGAAGAUGAAAAUCAUUUCUUUGAUAUUAUUCGUCAAACAUGCUCUGAUAUAUUUCGUACUAAUAUUGAUAAAAUAUUAAGUCAUUUAAGUUUAAGUGGACGUGUUACUGAUAAUGAUAUUAGAAAUUUAUUAUUUGGUAAUUAUAUACAAGAUAAUAGUUGCUAUGAUGAAGUAACUGAUUAUAAAUUACUUAUAAAACGUAUGGAAAAUUAUUUAAAUGAUUAUAAUACAAUUUCUAAAACACCAAUGAAUCUUGUUAUGUUUAAAUAUGCUAUUGAACAUAUUAGUCGUGUAGCCCGUGUUUUAUUACAAGAUAAUGGUCAUGCAUUAUUAGUUGGUGUAGGAGGUAGUGGUCGUCAAAGUGCUACACGUUUAGCUAGUCAUAUUGCUGAUCAUGAAUUAUUUGUCAUUGAACUAACACGUACAUAUGGUGUAAAUGAAUGGCGUGAUGAUAUUAAACGUUUAUUACUUAAAACUGGUUUAGAAGCUAAAUCCACUGUAUUCUUAAUUACUGAUAAUCAAUUAAAGCAUGAAUCAUUUAUGGAAGAUAUAUCAAUGUUAUUAAAUUCAGGUGAUGUACCAAAUUUAUUCCCACCAGAUGAAAAAGCUGAAUUAAUAGAUAAAGUACAAAAUAUUGUACGUUUAGAAGCAAAAAAAGCCGGUGUUAAAAUUGAACCGGAUCCAUUAGCAAUGUAUACAUAUUUUACACAAAGAGUUAAAAAACAUUUACAUAUUGUAUUAGUUAUGAGUCCAAUUGGUGAUGCUUUUCGAUCACGGCUACGUAUGUUUCCAUCUCUGAUUAAUUGUUGUACAAUUGACUGGUUUCAUGUUUGGCCUGAAGAUGCAUUAGAAAUGGUUGCAAAUAAAUAUUUUGAAGGUAUUGAAUUUGCAGAAAAUAUACGUGAAUCAUCUGUUACUUUAUGUAAAUACUUUCAUGAAAGUGUAAGAAAAUUAGCUGAAAAAUUUUUAGAGGUAUUACGUCGACAUAGUUAUGUAACACCGACAUCAUAUUUAGAAAUGAUACUUACAUUUAAAAAAUUAUUACAUCAGAAACGAACUGAAUUAACUACAAUGCGUAAUCGAUAUUUAACUGGUUUAGAAAAAUUAGAAUUUGCUUCAAAUGAAGUUGGUAAAAUGCAAAUUGAAUUACGUAAUUUACAACCAUUACUUAUUGAGACAAGUAUAGAAACUGAUAAAUUAUUACAUAAAAUUGCACAAGAAUCUGUUGAAGUUGAAGCACAACGUGAAAUUGUUGCAUCCGAUGAAAUGAUUGCUAAUCAAUCUGCAUCUAUAUCAAAAGCAAUUAAAGAUGAAUGUGAAUCAGAUUUAGCUGAAGCUAUGCCAAUAUUAAACGAUGCAUUAUCAUCUUUAGAUACAUUAAAACAAAGUGAUAUUACAUUAGUUAAAUCAAUGAAAAAUCCACCAAAUGUUGUAAAAUUAGUUAUGGAAGCUGUUUGUAUAAUGUUAAAUGAAAAAGCUGAUCGUAAACCAGAUGGUACUGGUCGAAUGAUUGAAGAUUAUUGGAGUUCAUCAUUAAAAUUAUUAAAUGAUUUAAAAUUUUUAGAUCGUUUAAAAAAUUAUCCAAUUGAUAAUAUUUCUAUAAAUAUUAUGAAAAAAAUUCGUGACAAUUAUAUACCAAAUAUAGAUUUUGAUCCAAAAAUUGUAAAAAAUGCAAGUACAGCAUGUGAAGGUUUAUGUAAAUGGAUUAUUGCAUUAGAUAAAUAUGAUAAAGUUGUUAAAAUUGUUGCACCAAAAAAAGAAAAAUUAACUAUUGCUGAAUCUGAAUUAAAAGUUCAACUGGCUAAAUUAGCUGAAAAGAAAGCUGCAUUAGAUGAAAUUCAAGAGAAAUUUCAAGGUUUACAAGAUCAAUUAGAAGAAAUGCAAAAGAAGAAACAAGAUUUAGAAGAUAAUAUUGAUUUGUGUAGUAAAAAGUUGGAUCGUGCAGAAAAACUGAUUAGUGGAUUAGGUGGGGAGAAGACACGAUGGACUGAAGCUGCUGCAACAUUAAAAGAACGAUAUGAAAAUAUAAUUGGAGAUGUUCUAUUAAGUGCUGGUGUUGUUGCCUAUCUUGGACCAUAUACUGUUGAGUUUCGUUCUCGAAUACAAAAUGAAUGGCAUGAAUUAUGUCAAAAAUUAGAAAUUCCUUGUUCUGAAGUGUUUCGUAUCUCUGAUACAUUAGGUGAUCCUGUAAAAAUUCGUUCAUGGAAUAUUGCUGGACUACCAGUGGAUAGUUUUUCUACUGAUAACGGUAUAAUUGUUACAAAUUCUAACAGAUGGGCAUUAUGCAUAGAUCCACAAGGUCAAGCUAAUAAAUGGAUUAAAAAUAUGGAAAAAGAUAAUAAAUUACAAAUUAUUAAAUUAACUGAUACACAUUAUUUACGUAUAUUAGAAAAUGCUAUAGAAUUUGGUUUGCCUGUAUUAAUGGAAAAUAUUAAUGAAGAAUUAGAUCCAAUAUUAGAACCAAUAUUACAACGUUUAUUAUUUAAAACACAUGGUAAUUGGUGUAUACGCCUUGGUGAUAAUAUAAUUGAAUAUAAUUCAAAUUUUCGUUUUUAUAUAACUACACGAUUACGUAAUCCAAAUUAUUUACCUGAAAUUGCUAUAAAAGUAUGUUUAAUUAAUUUUAUGAUUACACCAAUUGGUUUACAAGAUCAAUUAUUAAGUAUUGUUACAACAAAAGAGAAACCAAAAUUAGAAAUUAUUAAAAAUCAAUUAAUUAUUGAUACAGCUAAUAAUAAACGUCAAUUAAAAGAAUUAGAAGAUCAAAUAUUAGAAGUAUUAAAUACAUCAAAAGGGAAUAUAUUAGAAAAUGAAAAUGCUAUACAUAUAUUAAGUUCAUCAAAACAAUUAAGUAUAGAAAUUAUUGAAAAACAAUCUAUAUCUGAUAGAACACAAUUAGAAAUUGAUUCAACACGUAAUGUAUAUCGUCCUGUAUCUGAACAUGGUUCAUUAUUAUUUUUUUGUAUAUCAGAUUUAUCAAAUAUUGAUCCGAUGUAUCAAUAUUCAUUAACAUGGUUUAUUAAUUUAUUUAUAUCAUCUAUUUCUAAUAGUGAAAAAUCACCUAUUUUGGAAGAACGAAUUGAACUAUUGAAUAAUCAUUUUACACUUAGCGUUUAUCGAAAUAUAUGUCGAUCAUUAUUUGAAAAUCAUAAAUUAUUAUUUUCUUUAAUCAUGUGUUAUUCACUUAUGAAAAAUAAAGGGAAAGUAAAUGAAACAGUUUGGCGUUUUCUACUAACCGGUGGUGUUGCACUUGAUAAUCCUUAUCCAAAUCCAUGUCCUGAUUGGUUAUCAGAUAAAUGUUGGUCAGAAAUUGUACGUACUACAGAAUUACCAGGAUUAGAAGGAUUUAUGCAUAGUGUACAAUCUGCUUCAAAUGAAUGGAAAGCUAUGUAUGAUGAUUUAACACCUCAUAGAUUUCCUAUUCCUGGAGAAUUUUCAAAAUUAGAUGGUCUUGAAAAAUUGGUUUUACUACGAUGUAUACGUCCAGAUAAAGUGAUUCCUGGAGUUCAAGAUUUUAUUGUACAAAAUCUUGGUCAACAAUUUAUUGAACCACCAACAUUUGAUUUACCCAGUUCAUUCGCUGAUUCCAAUUGUUGUUCACCAUUAAUAUUUAUAUUAUCACCUGGAGCUGAUCCAAUGAAUGCUUUAAUUAAAUUCGGUAUUGAUAUAGGUUAUACCAGGGAUCGUAUACAAACAAUAUCACUUGGUCAAGGUCAAGGACCAAUAGCAGCGAAUAUGAUUUAUCAAGCUAUUAAAAAUGGUACAUGGGUUGUAUUACAAAAUUGUCAUUUAGCUGUUAGUUGGAUGAAAUCAUUAGAGAAAAUAUGUGAAGAAACAAUUAUACCAAAUAAUGUAAAUGAUAAAUUUCGUUUAUGGUUAACUAGUUAUCCAUCACCUGAUUUUCCUGUUACAAUAUUAGAAAAUGGUGUUAAAAUGACAAAUGAACCACCAAAAGGUUUGCGAUCAAAUUUAUUACGUUCUUAUUUAAAUGAUCCUAUAUCAGAUCCAAUAUUCUAUGAUGGUUGUACAAAAAAUCCUAUAUGGCAUAAGAUGUUAUUUGGAUUAUGCUUUUUCCAUGCACUGGUUCAAGAAAGACGUAACUUUGGUCCACUUGGUUGGAAUGUUCCUUAUGAAUUCAAUGAAUCCGAUCUACGUAUCAGUGUACGACAAAUGAAGAUGUUUUUAGAUCAAUAUGAUGAAAUUCCAUUUGAAGCAUUGACUUAUCUUACUGGUGAAUGUAAUUAUGGUGGACGUGUAACUGAUGAUAAAGAUAGACGAUUACUUAUUUCAUUAUUGGGUAUAUUUUAUAAUAAAAAAAUUAUUGAAGAAGAAAAUUACAAAUUUUCACCAUCUGGUAUAUAUUAUUGUCCUGAUGAUGGUACAGCUCAACAUUUUAUUGAUUAUAUACGUUCAUUGCCAUUAAAUCCAAUGCCAGAAGUUUAUGGCCUUCAUGAUAAUGCCGAUAUCACUAAAGACACUCAAGAAACUUUCCAAUUAUUUUCUGGAAUUUUAUUAACAUUACCAAGACAAAAAGAUACAGAUGGUAAAUCACCAGAAUCAAUUGUACAAGAAUUAGCUGCAGAUAUUUUAUUGAAACUUCCACCAGAUUUUGAUUUGAAUGAAGUAAUUAAUCGUUAUCCUGUCAAGUAUGAAGAAUCGAUGAAUACCGUACUUAGACAAGAAUUGAUACGAUUUAAUCGCUUAACUAGCGUUGUACGUACAACAUUAAUAGACUUACAAAAAGCUAUCAAAGGAUUAGUUGUUAUGUCAGCUGACUUAGAAGAUGUAUUUAAUUCAAUAUUAAUUGGAAAAUUACCAAGUGUUUGGGCAGCGAAGUCAUAUCCAUCACUUAAACCUUUAGGAAGUUAUAUACAAGAUUUACUAUAUAGAUUGAAAUUUUUUACUGAUUGGUUAACUUACGAUACACCAUCGGUAUAUUGGAUAUCGGGUUUUUAUUUUACACAAUCAUUUUUAACUGGUAUAUUACAAAAUUAUGCAAGAAAAUAUACAAUACCAAUAGAUACAGUUGGUUUUACAUUUGAUGUUACAUCAAAUUAUUUAAAUAUAAUUAAUAUAUUAGAGAAUAUAUCAACCAUACCAAAACAAUCAUUCAAUGAAAAUAAACAUAAAUCAUUAAUUAUGAAUAAUAAUAAUAAUAAUAAUAAUAAUGAUGUUAAAUUACAAAGAUCAAAUGAACAAUUGAAUAAUUUAAUUAAACCAAAUGAUGGUGCUUAUAUAACAGGAUUAUAUUUAGAUGGUGCACGUUGGGAUUUAAUCAAUAAUUGUUUAAAUGAAUCAAAAUCAAAAAUAUUAUUUGAUAUAAUGCCAGUUCUACUUAUAUUGACAUAA